AUGUGUUUCGAUCAAUUAUAUUCUAUGGAAGAAGUUGCUUUAAGGAAUGGUAAAAAUGGUGCUAGAACAUGGUUAAUUAUCAAAAAUUCCGUAUAUGAUUUAACAGAAUUUUUAGACAAACAUCCCGGUGGCAGUGAUCUUAUACUUGAAUGCGCUGGAAAAGAUGCAACAAGUGCAUUUCGUGAUAGUGGUCAUUCAAUGGAUGCUAAUCAAAUGUUAAAAACAUAUAAAAUUGGUGAAUUAGCAAUUAUGGAAGAAAGUUCUAGAGCUGGUUCUUUUAAGUCUAAUCCAGGUGAUUCAGUACAUAAUGCCAAUGAAACAACAACAAGUCGAAAACAUAAAAAACGUGUAUGA